CAUAUCCGGCGUCUCCUAAAUGCUUCCGGGCGAUGGCGUCCGUUGCCAUAGCUACUUUCCUUAUGGAGACAGAAGCCGAAGUGCGCGCCAAUGUUCUAUGAGCGGUUGUGAGGUUGACUUUUAGCAGUAUAAAGAGAAAUCGGGACUGUGCUCGCUAACUGGUACUCUGUGGAUUACACAGGAAACACAAUUCCCAUAUAGAAGCUUUGUUUAUGGUCAUCUCUUGUGUAUGCCUAUCGCUGGACUGGAAAUAAGAAAAUCCCUGUAGAAAACUGCAGAGACGUAAAGCAGUGUAAAAGCUCUUGCUUUAAACUGGCAUAACAUUUUGUAUCUUAUUCUGCCCCUGCCUUAGCAAAUUCACCAUGGCUCUGUAUGAAGUGUACUCUCACCCUGCCCUCCUUAGAUACAGAACUAGCAUCUGUUCCAAAGCCACACUCUUUCUGCUCAUAGUCCUGGCUCUGACCUACAUCCCUCCCUUACUGGUUGCUUUUCGCAGCUAUGGGUUUUGGUUAAAGCAAAGCACCUACGAAGAACAGCCCAAUGUUCGCUUCCAAUACAACGUCUUGCUAAUUGCUUUGAGCAGCACCACUGGGAAUUAUCUGGCAUGGAGCACAUAUCCAGGAUUUAAUAACUUAGUAGGAGACAAACUUCGAUUACCCCAGAUAUCCGCAAGAGAGGAAGACAAAAAUCAUGAUGGUAAAAUGGAUGUAUUGAACUUCCAGCUGGAGCUUCCUAUGCAACCUACAGAUACUAUUUAUGGUGUACAGCUCAUUCUGACAUUCUCCUACCAACUCAGUAGGAUGUCAACAUUUAUAAUGCAGAGCAUGGCCUUGAUCCAGUACUCCUCUCCAAUUCCUGGAUCUCAGCUUUAUAUCAAUGGGGAUUUGAAGUUGCAACAAAGGCAGCCUCUAAAUCAUAGGGGGUUGGACACAACAUACAACGUGUCUGUGAUAAACCCAAGCAGCCCUUUUGCAAGUACCUAUGCACUCACAAACAUCAUAUCGUCUUACCAGGAAAGAAAUGUGACCACAUUCCUGAAUGCCCCAAGCCCCCUUUGGAUUGUUGGGAGAGCAACUACUGAUCCAUUUGUAAUAAAUGCCGUUAUCCGGUAUCCUGUGGAAUCCAUAUCAUAUGUGCCUGGUUUCUGGGAAAUGCUGAAAUAUGCAUGGAUUCAGUAUGUCAGCGUCCUUCUCAUUUUCCUUUGGGUAUUUGAGAGAAUUAAAAUAUUUGUUUUUCAAAAUCAAGUGCUGAAUACAAUACCAGGCCCAAUGCCAUCUUUGCAUAAAAGUCACCAAAGCUGAUAACCAACCUCAAGUGAUAUAAACUGGAUCAUGAGUAAUCCAUCUGAGGCCUUAAACUGCUGCCAAGAAAUCGAUCUUCCUUUAUUUUGUGAAUACGAUGGCAGAUUCAGCAUGAUUCAGGAUAUUCUUCAGGAACAUGAGAGGAAACAUUCUUUCUA